AUGAACGCGCUUUACCUCCUGCUCGCCAUGCUCUCGCUCAACCUUGUGGUAACCAUACAUACAAGAACCCAGCCCAACUUCCUAAACAGCACCCUCCAGCUGAACAAAUGCAACACGUGGAAUCUGCGAAGGACCUGCAGGAAAAUCAAGCCAAGAAACAACAAAUUACGCGUCUCCCUAUUUGACGAAUAUGAUGAAAAAUGCAUAAGGGCCCUCAUCAUGGCCAGAGAAGUGGCCAAAAAUCACAACGAAAAGGAAAUCCUUCUAAAGCAUCUCCUAAUUGCCAUCAUCAGAAUCGACUCCAAUUUGGUAAAACACAUUUUAAAUUUUUGCAACAUCUCCCUCACGACCUUUCUGGACAAGUUAAAUAACGAAAUGAAUAAAACUGGGGGGGAGACAAACUUUGGGACCAACCGAGACGAACCAAAUGCCUCCCCAGGGGAGGUACCUCGACAGUUGGGGAUGCCAACAGAUCAGCAUCACCCCCCAGACAACAGCAGAGAAGUUGUAGAAGGGGGAGCGUAUCCAGCGAACGACCCAAACGGAGAGAACCAACUGAUGAGCACCUUCAUCAACAAACACAUCCAAGAUAUAGAGGACAAAAUAAAUCAACUGAAAAACCUGGAGGAGGGGCAGAGUGACAUUUCAACGGAGGGCGGCGAUGCUGACAGCUCCGUGGGGGGGGCAGACGAAAGGGAUGAGGCAGCCAGCAACCUCAUCCGCGACGCGGCGAAGCGCGUUUUGGGAGGGCCCCCAGGCGAGUCGCCCAGCGAAUUACCCAGCGAAUUACCCAGCGAUGUGUCAAAGGAGCUGUCCCGCCAGUUGCCCAGCGACCUGCAGGGCGACCCCCCCGACGAAAAGGCAGACGAAAGGGCGGACGACAAGGCGGACAUCAAGUUUUCCCAAAACUGCAAGCGGGUGCUCCACAACGCGGUGCUGGAAGCGAGGAGGAAGAAGAAAAUGUUCGUCAGCGUGACGGACAUUCUGAUCGCCCUCAUCAACAUGGCGCAGGAGAGUCAGAACUGCGAGUUCUUGAGGUACCUCAGCGAGCUGAACAUAAGCGUCAACGAUUUGAAGAGGGAGCUAACUGGCUACGACGAGGGGAAUUGCCCUACCCCCCCCACGGGCACGUCACACCGUAGUAACGCCCAGCGGGAUGGCGACCUGAAUGCUAACUCUGCUGAGAAACGUGGAGGGGGUGACUCCCAAAGUGGGACGCCCGAAAAGAGGGACGACAAUCAACGAAUGCGCAGCUUGAACAACCGCUUGAACAACGAACCGCCCAACCACCACCUGAUGAACAACCUAAACAGUGACUACCUGCACCAGACGAGGGAAUUCAAAAACUACGAGGAGAGUAGCUUCCCACCAAACGGCAAACUUUUUAACUCCGCGUAUGUGAAAGACUGCCUAACAGAUAUGGUCCAAGCGGCGUACGAAAAAGGAGAUGAACAUUUCUUCGGAAGAAAAAAAGAAAUAAAAAGAAUAAUAGAAAUAUUAGGAAGGAGAAAAAAAUCAAACCCAUUACUAAUUGGAGAGAGUGGGGUUGGAAAAACAGCCAUCAUCGAGCAUUUGUCUCAUUUAAUAUUGAAAGAUAAAGUGCCCUACCAUUUGAGGAACUGCAGAAUCUACCAACUCAAUGUUGGCAACAUCGUAGCUGGGACAAAGUACAGAGGAGAAUUUGAAGAAAAAAUGAAGCACCUGUUAAGCAAUAUGAAUAAGAAAAAAAAAAAUAUUCUUUUUAUUGACGAAAUUCAUGUGAUUGUUGGAGCAGGCAGUGGGGAGGGAUCGUUAGACGCUUCCAAUUUGCUGAAGCCCUUCCUCUCCUCAGAUAAUUUGCAAUGUAUCGGCACCACGACUUUCCAAGAGUACACCAAAUAUAUAGAGUCAGAUAAAGCCCUGAGGAGACGAUUUAACUGCGUCCCUGUGAAGCCGUUCACUGGAAAGGAGACUCUCCUGCUGCUGAAGAAAAUUAAAUACAGCUAUGAAAAGUACCACAAUAUUUACUACACAAAUGAGGCCCUCAAGUCGAUCGUCAUGCUCACGGAGGACUACCUGCCCACGGCCAAUUUCCCCGACAAGGCCAUCGACAUUUUGGACGAGGCCGGCGCGUACCAGAAGAUCAGGUACGAGGUGUUCAUGCGGAGGAGGUUGCGUGGUGAGAACCAUGAGCGCAGUGAGUGGGGUGAGCGCGUUGAGCGCGGUGGUCAAGCGAAAAGCGGCCAGGAGAAUGGCGGCCAGGUGAACGGCGGCCAGGCGAAUGGCGGUAAGCUGCGUUCCGACCAACCGAGCGGUGACGAGCAUGGGAGUGCAGACCAGGACGGAAUUGCCAACCAGGACAGCGGCGGCGACGCGCGGAGCUACCUCCAAAACAUGCACAUUAAGUACGUCACGUCGGACGUGAUCGAAAACAUCGUCAGCAAAAAGGCCUCCAUAUCGUACAUAAAGAAAAACAAAAAGGAGGAAGAAAAAAUUAUAAAGCUGAAGGAAAAACUAAACAAAAUUAUAAUCGGCCAAGAAAAGGUGAUAGACAUACUAUCCAGGUAUCUGUUCAAAGCCAUAACGAAUAUUAAGGACCCCAAUAAGCCCAUUGGCACCUUGCUGCUGUGUGGGUCCUCAGGGGUUGGAAAGACUCUAUGCGCCCAAGUCAUUUCGAAGUAUCUAUUUAAUGAGGACAACCUAAUCGUAAUCAACAUGAGUGAGUACAUAGAUAAACACUCAGUUAGCAAGCUGUUCGGUAGCUACCCAGGAUAUGUAGGUUACAAGGAAGGAGGGGAACUAACCGAAAGUGUAAAGAAAAAACCCUUUUCCAUCAUCCUUUUUGAUGAAAUUGAAAAGGCACACGGUGAAGUUUUACAUGUUCUCUUGCAAAUACUAGACAAUGGAAUGCUAACAGAUUCGAAGGGAAAUAAAGUGUCCUUUAAAAACACCUUCAUCUUCAUGACGACCAACGUAGGCUCUGACAUCGUCACAGAUUAUUUCAAGCUGUACAAUAGGAACUACUCAAAUAUGGGCUUUAAAUACUACCUCAGUAAGAGGCCAAACAGGGGAGAGGCAGAUGGUUCGCUCCUCCCUGAAGGGGUUAACAGUGUAGCUAACUCAGUGGAGGAAGACCCAACCGGGUUAAGCAGCAACAGUGGGGGUGACCUCCAAACAAACCGCAAAGAUGACCACCCCGUGGAGAAAUCCCCCACCCAACAACCAAACAGCUACGACCUUUUUGAGGAAAAACUUCGAACCAACAAAUGGUACGAAGAGCUACAGCCAGAAAUAGAAGAAGAACUGAAGAAGAAAUUUCUUCCAGAAUUUCUCAACAGGAUAGACGAGAAAAUUAUUUUCAGGCAAUUCCUCAAAAGAGAUGUUAUUAAUAUUUUCCAAAAUAUGAUUGACGAUUUGAAAAAAAGAAUUAAAAAAAGAAAAAACCUCAAUUUGAUAAUCGAACCAGAUGUUAUUAAAUACAUUUGUAGUGACGAAAAUAAUAUUUAUGACAUGAAUUUUGGUGCCAGAUCCAUUAGAAGGGCCCUCUAUAGGUAUAUUGAGGAUCCCAUUGCUUCCUUCUUAAUUUCGAAUUUGUGCGAACCGAACGAUUCCAUUUACGUUUCCCUCUCCAGCGGUAACAAAAUUGAUGUGCAGUUGGUGAAGGCGCCCGUGGAGCAGCUUGUGUUGUGA